UGUUAUUCCAGCAGUGAAAGUUGAAUAAUAUGAAGCUUUUUGUCAUUAUUUUAAGUGCAUAUCUAGCAAUAAGUAGUGUAUGUAGCAAUCCAGUUGAUAAAAGAUUAAGAAACAAAGGAACAAUUGAGGGAAAAUUCAGGUUUAACGAGUAUGACGCAAUAUACUUGAAAUUGGAAGAACCAACUACAUACAGACUUCCAAAUGACUCAAUCCCUAUAAAUUAUGAAAUAAAUUUGACUACAAAUGUCCAUAAAAAGGACUUCAAUUUCACAGGAAAAGUCAAAAUAAGAAUAAAAAUCGUGGAACCGACCGAUAAAAUCACACUUCAUUACAAGAGCAUUACAAUUAACAAGAUUGAUAUCUGGAAUGGAUUACAACCAGCUCCAAUUCUACUCAAUGCUUCAUUCAACUACAUCGAGUCGCAUGACUUUCUUAUCAUAAACCUUCCGAACAUUUUCAAUAAAGACACUGAACUUCUCAUCAAUAUUGCAUACCAUGGACAACUUCGCGAUGAUGGAGGUGGCUUUUACAGAGGAAGUUACAAAACUGAAGAAGAAGUCAUCAAAUAUUACGGUGCAACACAAUUUGAAGUCACUGAUGCUCGUCAUGCAUUUCCUUGCUAUGAUGAACCUGGCAUUCGUGCUGAAAUGACUUUAACAAUCAUUCAUGACAAAUCAUAUUCAGCAAUAUCCAAUACAGAUGUUGUUGAACAGAUAGAAGACGAGACAGGAAAUUAUUGGAUCACAAUAUUUGCUACAACACCAAAAAUGCAGACAUAUCUGCUUGCCUUUGUUAUAUCUGACUUUGAAUACGUCAAUUCAACUGAAACUUCCAGAAUCCCACAAAGAAUUUAUGGAGUUCCAAAAGCAAUUCGUGAAGGUCAGGGAGACUUUGCUGCAAAUGUUGUUGGACAAAUUUUGGGGAAGCUGGAAGAAAUUUUGGAUGUUAAGUAUCCUUUGUCAAAAAUGGAUCAUGUAGCAUUGACAACAUUCAAUUUUGGGGCUAUGGAAAAUAUGGGAUUGAUCACUUACUUCCACAAUAGUUUACUGCUAGAUUCAAGCUUACCAAUCAACCUUAUUGAGUACGAAAAUGGAAUCAUAUCCAUAAUUUCACAUGAGUAUGCUCAUCAAUGGUUUGGAAAUAUCGUAUCGCCAAUAUGGUGGCAAUAUACAUGGCUGAAUGAAGGAUUUGCAACACUAUUUACUGAGUACAUACCACAAAUUGUUUAUCCAGAACGUGGAUCUAUGAGAAACUUCCAUACAUCUGUCAUGCCAAUGGCUUUUGCAAGUGAUGAAAUGGGUUCAUGGGCAAUGAAUCAAUAUACAGAAGAUCCAGUAAAGUUGUGGGAUAAAUUCGGUGGAAUUGGAUAUUCAAAAUCUGGCUGUGUGUUGAGAAUGUUCAUGGAAGUCAUGACUGAGCCUGUCUUUCUUAAAGGAUUAAAUUAUUAUUUGACUCAUAAUUACAUGAAAGCAGCUACACCGGCAGAACUUCAUGCUGGUCUUCAAAAAGCUUACAAUGAAGAGUAUCCAACAAAUACCUUGGAUAUUAGCGAACUCAUGUACACUUGGGAGAACCAACCUGGAUAUCCAUUAAUAUCAGUAACUGUCUCAGGAAGUGAUUUAUUAUUUUCACAACAAAGAUACCCAGAAAGUGACAAUGAAAUUUAUUCAGUUCCAUUGACAUUCGCAACUCAAUCAAAACCGGAUUUUACUGAUAAAACUCCAAAGAUAUGGUUGCGUACGCAAUCAUUACAAGUUCCACAAACAAUGAUAAGCUAUGAUCCAAACAAUUGGAUAGUCUUGAACAUCGAUCAAGUGGGCUAUUAUCGCGUUGAUUAUGACACAUCAUUGUGGCACUCAAUUAUCAAUCAAUUGUUAGUCAAUCAUUCGGUCAUUAACCCAAUUAAUCGUGCUGUAUUGCAGAAUGAACUUUAUCUUGGAUGUACUGAGUUUAAUCGUGUAAAUGCGGCUGAUGGUUUGAGACUGUUGAGCUAUUUUGGUGUUGAAACGGAGUCGAUUGUGUGGAAUGCUGCUGUGCUGACAUUAAAAGACCUGAAUGAACAUUUAUUUGGAACUGCUGUUUAUGAACAGUUCCUUGGAAUAAUUAAAGGUAUAACAAAGCCACAUUUGAAGGUAGUUGGGUAUGAUUUUAUGGAUGGUGAGGAUUUAGAGAAGUCAGAUCUGAGAUCUGUUACUAAAACUUGGAAUUGCAUGGCUCUUGAUGAUGACUGCUUCCAUAAUGAAUAUGAGAAAUUCUUGGAUUUCUUUGAAAAUCAAGAUGUAGCCAAUUUUGACUUUUGCAAUGCACUAAGGAUUGUUGAUAAAGAUAUUUUUAAGGAUCUCCUUGGACAAGUUGCUUCAAAUGAUAAAUAUCCAUAUCGUAAUCAAAUAUUAAAAAGUCUAGGAUGUUCACUAGAUCCUGAGAAUCUUGAAAAAUUAUUUGGAGAAAUUUUGAACAUAGAAAAUAUUCUGGAUAGUGAUGAAAGAGGAAGUUUGCUGCAAGAAGUUGUCAGUAAGUCUGUGCUUGGAUUGGAGAUGAGUUUGGAAUUCAUUGAGGAAAGCUAUGCAGCAUUGAGCAUUGUCCUAGAUCUGUACGAAACAAUGUACAAAAUAGCCAGCUUUAUCAAUUCAGACCCAAAAACAUCAACAUUCGUCAGUAUCAUCAACAAACUUCAAACAGAAGAUUUAAUCUCAACUGAAAAUCAGCAAAAAAUAUUAGAUAGAGUAGCCAAAAAUACCAAAUGGAUUGAAAGAAAUUACCAUGAUAUUUUAGUGCAUUUUGGACUUUUACAAACAACGACAACGACUGCAUUUACAACACUUGUUUCUGAACCACAACCGACUCAACUAUCAACAAAUAUUCCUGUAACAACACCCAAUUCAGCUUCGUCAUUUAUUUUACAGAUUAAUUUGAUUAUAAUUUGUGGGCUUCUAAGCAUAAAUUCAUAAGAAAGACUAACCCAAAUGGCAUAAGUCGGUUGAUCGAAUAGAAAUCCUGCAUCAAUUGAUUUAUUUUUAUAUUCGAUUAACUGACUUAAGCUUUUCGGGUAAUAAUCAAGCAGUUAAAGAUAAAAGAAAAGAAAUGCUGAAAAGUCUGAAAAUGGAAUUUUUUAAGGUUGACAUCAUUUUUGAACUGAAUUUAAUCUACAUUUAAUUUUAAAAUAUAGAGCCAUUUGACAGCCUCAUUUUAGGCCGAUCCCAAACAUAAACUACACUUUCCGUGACAACCUUAGUGAAAUAAACAUUUUUUAAUUUAAAUCAAUCAAUUGUAAAAUCAACAAUCGAAAGAUUAUAAAGUAAUAAUUAUUAAAUAAAGGUAA